CACUAUUAGGUGCUGGAGUCCAGAAAACAUUCAGUCCUGCAAGAUGAUAGCAGCCUUGCUUGGCAGGGGCGCCCGCUGCCUACUGCAAAACUCACACAGACUGCCUGCUGCAAGGUAUAAGGCUUCUCUGGAGGUCACACAAGUGCAGACUGACCAUGGGGGAAGACUCAGAACUAUCGACGACCUACCUGGGCCCAGCCAAGUGGAGUCCCUCUACUGGAUCCUCCUGAGGGGGUAUCUCUUCUACAUGCAUGAACUGGAGCUAAAACAAAAAAAGAAGUAUGGACCCAUGUGGGUAGCCAAUAUGGGAAACCACCGCCUGGUCAGUAUAGCCUGCCCGCGCCUCCUGGAGUCCCUCCUCCAACAGGAAGGAAAGUAUCCGACGCGGGCGGACAUGAAUCUGUGGAGGGAGCACCGGGACCUCAGGGGACAUUCCUAUGGACCACUAACUGAAGAGGGGCAUCAGUGGCAGAUAUUGCGCUCAGUACUCAACCAGAAGAUGAUGAAACCCACCGAGGCGGCGCACUAUGCGGGCUCCCUGAACAAGAUCAUCCCUGAUCUGUUCAACAAGAUCCAGGAGCUGAAAGCACAAAGUCCAUCAGGACGCACCGUUGAAAACGUCGCGGAAUUGAUGUACAAAUUUGCCUUCGAAAGUAUAUGCACUGUGAUAUUCGAGACUCGUCUCGGGUGCCUGAAAACAGAGGUAUCGGAGGAGACGCAGAAAUUCAUAAAUUCUAUCAGCAUCAUGCUAGAAAGUCAGAAUGUGUUAGAGCGGCUGCCGAGCUGGACCCAUGACUGGCUGCCAUACUGGGGACGAUUCGUGGAAGCCUCUGAUGUAAUAUUUAAUUAUGGGACAAAGUUAAUAAAUAAGAAAAUAAAGGACAUUGAAGGACGUCUGCAGCGCGGUGAUGACCUGGGAGGAGCGUAUCUCACGUACCUGCUCACCAAUGGAAAUCUGGAUGUGAAGACGGUGUAUGGGGUCAUGCCAGAGAUGCUGCAAGCUGGAGUGGACACGACUUCUAAUACACUGACAUGGGCCUUAUAUGAACUGGCAAGGAACCCUGAGAUCCAGCAGUCUCUGUACGAGGAGGUGAUCAGCGUUAUCCCCGAUCAUAUUCCAAGCACUGAUGAUAUAUCUAAAAUGCCCCUGCUGAAAGCAGUGGUCAAGGAAACCCUGCGAUUGUAUCCUGUGGUUCCUGAGAAUGGCAGACUUACAGUGGAGAAAGAAGUAGUUCUAGAUGACUGCAUAUUCCCCAAAAAUACACAAUUCAUCCUAUGUCACUAUGUGCUCUCCAGAGACGAAACCAAUUUUCCUGACCCAGACAGAUUUCUCCCACAGAGGUGGCUGCGGAGCGAGGGGAUAAAGCAUCACCCCUUUAGCUCCAUACCCUUUGGCUUCGGGAUUAGAGGAUGUCUGGGGCGUCGGGUAGCUGAGCUGGAGAUGCACUUGGCUCUCUCUCAGUUAAUAAAGAAGUUCCGAGUGCUGCCCGAUCCUGACCUGGGAGAAGUUCGCGCCAAAAAUCGCGUUGUCCUUGUGUCAAAUAAACCAAUCAACUUGCAGUUCAUUGAUCGCCAAUAAUAGGCAUUAAUAUGGUCAUCUGGAGGGGGCCAGUGCACGUAAAAAUAAUUAAACAGUGAUUUCUAUUAAAGGCUUAUAACGCGCUUUAUGUCUGUAGGUAAUAUUCGAAACAUGUCAUGUGCGACAAAAAAUGGAGAUGCUCUUUUUCGUUGUUUGUGGGACUGUAUGGCCCUGCAGUAAUAAUGGCAGAAGGGCGAGAACACAAUUUAAAAUACUUUAAGGAGACCAUGUGAAUUAAGAUGUAUGGCAUGUGGUCUUUCACUCAGAGUUUGAGAAAACUAAAUGUGAAAAUGACAUGAUGAUUAUGGUACACCUGAUUUUGGGAACAGCAAAAAAAAAAAAGACAAAUGUGUGGAUUUCAACUGAAGGCCUAAGAUAUGGACAGGUGAUUAAUAAUUUAAGAUUUGAAUAAAUACAAUUAAAUAUAAAUAACA